AUGAGAGUCAUAGAUGAAAUUAAUGAAGUUGUUAAUCAGAUUCCAUUGAUGAGACGUGUAAAAUUUUAUAAAAUUCGUAAGAAUCCAUUGGAAGAACUUCAAGAAGCCGAAUUUAAAAUUAAAUACAGAUUUUCCCGAAGUACCACCGUUUUCCUUAUUGAUAUGGUGAAAAAUGAUUUAGCUGGUGAUUCAAGAGGUGGAUUUAUUCCACCCUAUCUGAAAGUUUUGACUGCAAUAAGAACAUGGGCCCGUGGAGAGAUUCAAGAUGAUGCAGGGGAUCUAAGUGGAAUGAGUCAGCCAACAAUAUCACUUGUAUGCAAACAAGUUGCUUUAGCACUAGAAAGGAUACAGCUCAAUAAAUGUACAAGUUGUGUCAAAUUCUAA